GUUACUUUCAACGUCAAUGGACUCCAACGAUGAGGAUCAUGGACCAAUUGAAAAUUCAAGACCUCUUGUAGCCUUCUUUUAUAUUAGUUAUAUAAUCGUUAUUGCUUUCUUCAUGGUCAACAUAUUCGUCGGUUUCGUCAUAGUGACAUUUCAAAAGGAGGGUGAGCAGGAGUUCAAAGACUGCGAACUGGAUAAGAACCAAAGGAAUUGCAUUGAGUUCGCACUCAAAGCGAAGCCAGUUAGAAGGUACAUACCGAAGCAUCGUAUCCAGUACAAGACGUGGUGGUUCGUGACGUCACCCCGGUUUGAGUACGUCAUAUUCUUCUUCAUCGUGCUGAACACGAUUGCCCUCAUGAUGAAGUUCCACAAUGCAUCGCCGGAGUACAAGAGGGUAUUGGAUUACCUAAAUAUGUUACUGACCACAGUAUUCAUGCUUGAAUUUAUCUUCAAAUUAGCAGCAUUCCGUUUUAAA